GCAUGUGCGGGACCAUGCAGUAAAGGUGAAAUUUUAAGACUUACCAGUCGUUCUUUUAAUAUGUAACUCUAGACGGACAGAGCUUAAGAGUUUUAAUGUCGAUACCUGCAAAUCAAAGCUGAAAAAUGGUGGACGCAGGGUAAGCGUUUUCUUCCGCAUUAUUGACAGCGCAGCACUCAAAAAUCCAAGUUUAAAGUUUAGCUUUCUGAAAAUAAAUCACUCUACGUGAAAAUGAAGCCGUGAUUCUGUUGUGUCCAGUUGGUCCGGUAGACAAAGUGGGACCAUGUCCGCCGUGGGAUCCGGUGGAGGACCUCUACAACGGCCCUACACACUAGGUAGCUUCCAGAAGAAACUUCAGGACUUCCAAGUACUAAUUAAAAGCCUUACGCUACAAGAUGUGGAGGCAACCCCCGAGGAAAGAAGGCAACUUAUAACAGAAAAUCUGCGAUAUGACCAGUUCUGUGAAUCCAUUAGAUCUCUUUUUGGAAAUGACAUAAAGAAUCAAGACCUGAAAGCAUUAUACAGGAAGAUAUCUACCAACCCAGAUGCCAAGGUGGACUGGAGUGAGUUGUUUGGAUACUUUCAAUCUGAGAAUGAGGAGCAAGAGACACCUAUAGGAGAGGAUGCCAACAUAUUCACCGUCUCUAAGAAACGGAGGGUCGGGGAAGCUGCAGGAGACAGAAAGCGACGUGACACCAUACAGUGUGUGAAGUACAUUCAGUCUUUGGACUGCUAUCUGGCUGCCUCUCAGAAAGGAGCAGUGUCCCUGUGGAAUAUGAAGCUGAGAUUGCAAGCCUGUGCUGAUAUUGAUGAGUCAGCCUGGAUCACUGGCUGUGACUAUCUACCUGGAUUACGCCGCGUGGUGGCAACUACAGAGAGAAGUAUUGCCAUCUGGGAUAACAGAGCCAAGGGGAAGACGCAGAUAAUCUAUGUGAUCAAACCCCUGGAGGAUUCCCCCCAGUGUAUGACCUACGUCCCCUUCACCAGCGUGUCUCAUGAAGAAAUGGUGCUGUUUGGGGAUGACCAGGGGUACAUGAACGCCCUGACGCUGUCCUCCCAGGAUCUUCAGCUCAAGAACUCCAAUAAUAAGGGUGGUGGGGGAGAAAAGAAGGCUGGAUCUCAAAACAUGGUUUUGGAUCCCAAGAAAUUGAUCAAUCCUAUUCGCCGCAGACGUCUUCAUGAUGAUUGGGUGGUCAAGGUGAAAUAUUUCCCAGAGUUGCGCUGUUUUGGCUCCUGUUCUCCCAGCAGUAUAUCCUCCUUUGUCCUGGAGGAGGUGGAGAGGAUAUUUGAUAAUCUUCCAUUGCGAGGAGUUUCAAUUCCCAAAGGUGUCAAUGCCUUUGACUACUGUGCCAGAGCUAACAUCAUUGCCACAGGGGGAGUGGAUAAGAUUAUCAGGGUCUGGCACCCCCAUAUCUUCUCUAGACCCACAGGCAAGCUGAUAGGGCACCUGUUCACCAUAGUAGAUAUAGUAUGUAAUGAGAAGGACCAGCACAUCAUCAGUCUGUCCACAGCUAGGGUCAUCCGUGUCUGGGACAUCCACACCCUGACCAGUCUUCAGGUGUUCACAGAUAAUGAGGAGAGGCCGGGAGAGAAGAGGAUCUACAGCAUGCUGUUUGAUAAUAAAUUUGAUAGGCUAGUCACAGGUUCCAGUGUGCUAGAUGCAUGGCCACUGACCAGAGCUGUACAGGACACCAUGCAGGUGCCACAUACACAUGACAGACCCAUCAGCCAGAUUUUAUACAACAGAGAACUGAACCAGAUGAUAACUGUGUGCACAGAAUCUAUUAUCAAGGUAUGGGAGAUGGAGACAGGUAAACAGGUGUACCAGAUUGCUGAUGCCCAUGGUUCUAACAUGGAGGUGACAGCCAUAGCCCUGGACAAGUCUGGCUACAGGCUGGCCACUGGGGCACUGGACGGUGGAAGGCUNAAAGUCUAG